GAAACCCUCUUAUUUGUUGACUGGAUGUGGGAAAAGGAGUGAUUGAUGUCACGGGGAGAUUAUUAUGAAUUAAAAAUUUGCAUUUGGUUGUGAAAAAGACCAGCAUCCAGCAGCUCUCACGAAAGUCAUGGACUCCUGCAAAAUAGCGGUGGAAAAUAUCUACCUCUUGGUCAUCGUCACACUCCUUAGUGUUCUCCAGAAUGUGUUUUUUGUUCAGAAGAUUGAGAGGGAGUGCAACAACCCUCAUUCCCACGCAUCUGCUUUUGAGCGAGUUUCAUGUGCCAACCGUAACUGCAUGGAUACCUACCCAACCUUCCUGGCCGUGAUGUGGUGUGCUGGAGUUUGUCUCAGUCAAACUCCGGCUGCUUUUGCUGGGAUCAUCUACCUGCUUGUCAGGCAGAAGUACUUUAUUGGAUAUUUGGGACAGACCUCUCAGAGCACUCCAGGCUUCCUGUUCGGGAAACGCAUCAUCAGCUUCCUGUGCCUGAUGUGCAUCGUGGGAAUCCUCAACCACCUGCUGGGAAGCUACUUCGGCCAGAACUACAAAGAGCACAUGGAGACCAUCACCGGCGCCGCGUCUGCUCUUCUGCUCAUCCCUUAAUUCACCUACUUUUAAUUCUUAAUAUAAAAAUCCUUUGAUUCUCUUCGGAUUUUAAAGCAUUUACUGCCCUUUUUCUUUGUUCAACCACUAAUAAAGCAGAUUAUUUAGCAGCA